UAUUUAAAGUAUGCUGUUUUCCAAAUAAAGUACAUUCGACUCUCGCCUGUCGUAACGAAAGAAUGAAGUCAACAUAAUUAUGGUUUUUAUGUGUAUUAUAACAGAUAUUUCGUUAAUUUAAACAUUUACCGAUCAGAUUCAAAUGCAAUUAUGUUAUUUAGACCCAUGAAUAUUAGGCAUAUCACGUGACUAUUAUUUUCAUUUAUCUUAGAUAACAAAACUGUUUAUUUUUAUUUCACUUAAAGACUUCGAAACACCACUUAAACUGACGCAGGUUUUAUUUAUUGUCUAUAUUUUACAAGUAUGAAAUUGGAUUUUCCCCAACUCGGUUGACUAAAAUAGCCAAGUUGUAUGUCUUAACAAUAUGAAAUAGCCGUGCUAUUGAAUACGAAGGUCGUUAUAUGGUUAUUUUUUCUGUAUUUGUACAGGAGAUUGUGUAUUUAAAUAAAAAAGAUUGUUAUUUGCCUUUAUAGUUUAAAGCAUGGCGACCAUUUAAACAUAGCAUUAUCCAUUAAGUAAAUAGGUUUUCGAAUUAACAACUGAAACGGUAGGGUUGAGCAAGACACACUCUUUCACAUAAAGGGAAUGUGAAAAAGGUUCCAUUUUCUAUUGAUGGGCGAAACAUAUAUUGAGUACACCGUAGGUUUUUAAAAAUGGAUUUAAGGAAAUUGACUUAACAAUUUGAUUUCAAUAAAAUCGAAUGAUUGUAAAGAAACGCACUUGAUGGAAUAUCAUUGAAGGUUAGGAUAAGGCAAUUAAAAUGGAGAGCCCAAAACCAAGACGCGAUGGAGAAAACAAGCUUGCUAAGACUAUUAAAGAAAAAAAUUUAAAGUUUUCUGUGGAAUUUGAAAAUGGUCAAACAGCAGGACACAGAGAUGGUCAAACAAGGGAACAUAAUGUGGGGCAAGAAAAUACAUCUAACACUCGAGAAACUGAGCAUACUGUGACAAAGACGACAACGACAACUACAACUCAAAAAACUACAACGUCCACAACAAAAGAUGGAGAGACCGUGAAAACGGAGAAGAGCGAAACUGUAGAAAAGAAGCAACAUUCAAAGAGAGAAGCAUCUAAAAGAAAAAAUGAUAAUACAAAUAAAGAAAACGACAAUGUGAAGUUACCUCCUAUCAUUGAUAGUAAAGCAUCGCCAAGGGAAUCGAAGUCAUUCGGAAAUGCACGAUCUGAGCGACAAAAAUGGGAGAAACCUGGUGACAAGGGAGAAAUACCUAUCCAGGCUAGAAUAAGAGGGCCUGGACCAGCUCAUUACUUAUUACCACCUACAGUCGGUAGAAACAACGCAGAUGUAACAAAAAGGAAUUCUCCGGCGUUCUCAUUCGGGUCAAGGUCAUGGUCAUUUAAGUCGGACAGCCCGGGUCCCGCAUAUAAUGUAGACUCCUCCCUUGGAUCACGUGGCAAGAACACGCGACCUUCCUUCUCAUUCGGGAUUAGACCGAAAACUCCAGUGAAAAAGAAUAAUACGCCGGGACCUGGUGCGUACGAUACAGACAGACGACCACUUUGGGAAAAGAAUGCCCCACAGUACAGUAUGUCACCAAGGACCAAAAUGAGGAGCGUUGAUAAUGGCCCAUCACCUAACGUGUAUCUGCUUCCAUCGACUUUAGGCAGCAAAGUGCCGAAUCGGACAGGUGCCCCGUCACAUACAUUGUUUCCUAGACGAGAGAAACACGGCUUUGCUGAAGAUUUGGCUAACACCCCCGGCCCAGCACAAUAUGGCGCCCAGUCUCCAUCUGUAACGAAACGAAAAAGUCCGGAAUAUUCUGUCUUAGGUAGAAAUUAUACCUAUCACAAUAAAAACAUUACCCCUGGCCCUGGGGCAUACAAUCCGCAAAAUGUAAAUAGUCACAUGGAACAGUCUCCUCGUCACGUGAUUGGUGUUCGACAUUCAGAAUUUUGCAUGCCUACAUUGACAUUUGCUGAUGUCUCAGAAUGAUCUAUCUAUUUUUAGACUCUGUUAAUCUAUUUUUGCAAUAUUCUUCAUGAUCAAUGGCAUAUUUGUAGCAAAUGUUACAGUAAAAUACACGAAGUAAAGCAUU